AUGACCGAUUUUAUCAUCUACGAAGAUACGCCUUUAGCUGAUUACAUGGAAUCCAUAGAAAGUAUGGAGCAACCAGUCAAACUUCCACCUCGGCCUUUACCAGGUCAGGGCGGUGAUCAACGACCAUCAUUUGCUCAAUGGUCCGAAAUGCUGUACCAGCAUUGGCGCAGCUCCAUCGUUCACGAUAUAUUCUCGAUAUCUUUACCUCUGGCGGAGGAAACCGCCUUCGAGGAAAAGUUCAAAUAUCUUAUUGUCACAUCGCCACUGCUGAACGAAGUGCUAUCUGUUCAUCCGAAACAGAAACAUCAAGCCGAGUUGCCGUUUUCUACUAUUUGCCAUAGCCGAUCUGGUAUUGGUCAGGCGAUCGCUCUUUCGGGAGUCUUGCUGGCCUUUGGUGCAGAAAAAUGGCUGGCAAAAUCCCGAGCAUCCUAUCCCGUAACUGCCUUGCUCGCUACCGGUGCAACCAUCUUUUUCUCCUAUCGACAUAUGCGUCGCACUUGGAUUCGGAAACUGUAUGACGCGGCUCUAACAAAAUUACAAACUUUCAUCGAUGAGUGUAUCGUUCUUGACACAAAGGUGCAUCGGGCAAUGGUCACGAUUCAGGAAAUCGAACUGGUAGCAAGAGGCUACAGACUGUCCUCGCCUUUAUCUCCUAUUUCACGUAUCGAACAAAGUCGGAAGUCAAAACGCUGCAUGAUGUUACGGAAUCGGCUUGUGGCCAUUCUUCGUCGCGCUUUCAUUGUGUACGAAGAGGGCAUUAUUGAUCUCAUGGAUAAUGUGCAACGCGAAAAUCUCUCAAGGCUCUAUGACAUGUAUAACAUUCAUUCAGUGGCUUCUCUUUCGGCUGCGGAUAAAUGGGCGGAAGACGACGCAAUAUCCCUGGACUAUAUAAAGAACUUGGCCCAGCUUAUGCAUGCAAAACGUCGAGAAUGCAUCCUUCAGUUUUUAGCUCUCAGGGUAAUGACGGAGGAACACGAUUCUGUACGGUUGAAUUACGAGACCGGAUGGCGAUCUGUGAAUCUUGUCAUGGAUAAAUUAGUGAAAGAUACCAAGGUCUUUGUCACCGAUUUGCAAAAGAGUCUUGAAACAGAACUAUACACGGCAACGCCCGAGACUUCUUCCUCAAAAGCUUCAUCAACCGAUAGCAGGUUACGCCCAUUUAUUCACCGAUUAGCUAUAUUCGAACAGCAAUUGCGGACCAUGGAAGCCAAGAUUUACCUGUGUAAUGAUGAUGUGCGCCAACUCGAUCAAGAUUCAUCGGAAGUACGAGAACGGCUUCAAAAGGAAUACGAAUCGAUUCAGCGAGAUUUGAACCAACUGGCUGUCGAAUGGGAAGCAGGCCAUGCCAGUCUGCUAUCAUUUCUCGAUCCUUCUUUAUCACCUUCUCCUUCACCCUCAUCAUUAACUGACCAGGAAGUUGACGAUAAUUGUGCGUUUCUGGAUCUUGACAACGAUAAACCGCGCACCUUUAUCGAUGUCCAGGAUGCAUCUGAUUAUUUGGAGCUACCUCUUCCCGCCAAAGCAUCGGUGUUUGAAGCCAUUUCGGAGGUAGUCGAACGCAAUACUACCGAGCGUUCGAGAAAAAGCCGUGCUGAAAGAAUUGCAGAGAUGAGAGCCAAACGAGAAGAAGAGGCACGGGAAAAAACGGAGCGGCUGUAUUCGCAAACGAUCAUGCAUGAACUAAAAGAUGUAUUGGAUCGAAGAGUUGAGGAAUUGGAUUUAAAGACCGAUGACGAUACGGAAGCCAGAUGA